AUGGAUUUGGCUCUCCCCACCCGCCGCAGGCCCUGCAGCUGUGAUGAGAAAGCACCGAAAGCCUCCAGCAUCCCAUCAGGCAGCCCUGUGCUUUCUGGCCCCAAAAAAUUGAGCCUACGAAUCCUUCAGGAUUUCAGUGGCAGCAAUGGCUCCGUGGAGAAAAGCUCUCAACUGCAGGGAGCAAGGGCACAAGCAAGGGCUGGAGAGCACCAGAGCAGAGAGGGGAAAGCAGGAUGGCCUGAGGGAUCCAAGCUGGCAGAGCUCUUCAAGCAUCCUCUUUACACCAUCCCGAUCCCAGAGGUGACAGAGAAAGACAAGCUGUUUGUUGUCAACCCCACGGAGAAGUUCAGCCUGGGCAGCAGCCUGAGUGACGAAUGGGUCAGCAGCAGUAAAGCCGAGGCGCUCCUCCCGACAGGGAAGACGACCUAUGAGACCUACCCCACCUGGCUCAAAUUCCACGUGGGCAUCAACCGCUACGAGCUGUACCCCCGCCAGGACCCCCUGAUGCCCACCCUCCUCCGGGACUUGGCCACACAGAGGAUUGUCAGCUCAGUCCAGAAGCCUGGUGGGACCCAGCUCAAGCUCAUCAUGACGUUCCCAAACUACGGGCAGGCCCUCUUCAAGCCCAUGAAGCAGACCCGGGAGCAGGAGACCCCCAUCGACUUCUUCUAUUUCUCAGACUUUGAGCGGCACAACGCAGAGAUCGCAGCCUUCCACCUGGACAGGAUCCUGGAUUUCCGGCGAAUCCCCCCAGUUUCUGGACGCUUGAUUAAUAUAACAAAGGAGAUUCGUGACAUCACCACAGACAAGAAACUAGCCAAGACUUUCUUCAUCUCCCCAGCGGGCAACGUCUGCUUCUACGGGGAGUGCUCCUACUACUGCUCCACCGAGCAUGCCCUCUGUGGCAAGCCGGACCAGCUGGAGGGCUCCAUGGCCACCCUGCUGCCCGACAAGACCUUGGCCAAGCGCCGCUCCUGGCGAAGCCCCUGGCGCCGCUCCUACCACAAGAGCAAGAAGGCCGAGUGGGAGCUGAACCCCAACUACUGCGCUCAGGUGCGAGAGACGCCACCCUACGACAGGGGCCAUCGCCUCCUCGACCUCAUCGACAUGGCAGUCCUGGAUUUCCUGAUGGGCAAUAUGGACCGGCACCACUAUGAGACCUUUGAGAAAUUUGGGAACGACACUUUCCUACUCCACCUGGACAACGGCCGUGGUUUUGGCACUCACUCCCGCGACGAACCGUCCAUCCUGGCCCCCCUCCAGCAGUGCUGCAGGUAAGGGUCUCCACCCGCCCG